AUGAUAUUCCUUGAAUGCAGUGAAUGUGGGAAAAACUUCACUCACAGAUCAGGCUUUUUUCGCCAUCUGAGAAUCCACAGAGGGGAGAGGCCCUAUGAAUGCAAUGAGUGUGGGAAAAGCUUCAAUCGCAGCUCGCACCUUAUUAGGCAUCAGAUAAUCCACACAAGAGAGAGGGCCUAUAAAUGCAAUGAUUGUGGGAAAAGCUUCACUAAGAGUUCAGCCCUUUCUGAACAUCACAAAAUCCACACUGGGGAGAGGCUCUUUGAAUGCAGUGUGUGCGGGAAAACCUUCAAUCACAGCUCACACCUUAUUAGGCAUCAGAGAAUCCACACAGGGGAGAGGCCCUAUGAAUGCAGUGACUGUAGGAAAAGUUUCACUAGCAGCUCAACCCUCUCUGAACAUCAGAGAAUCCACACAGGGGAGAGGCCCUAUCAAUGCAGUGAGUGUGGGAAAACCUUCAAUCGCAGCUCAAAUCUUUUUACUCAUCAGAGAAUCCACACAGGA